AUCCCACUAAGAGCAUGUUUGGUAUGGGCUUUUUAUGGGGUUAGUAACGGAAUCGGGUUACCGUUUCCGUUAGAAGAUGUUUGGUUAAAGAGUUAAGUAAUAGAAACCGUUUCCUUCUUCUAACCCAUUCCAUUACUUUGUUUCCACUGUAAAACUUGGGGAAACAAAUCUCGUUUCUUUCCUCUAUCUAUUCUCUCUCCUCUCAUACAACAGAUCUCCCCACAAUCCUCAACUUUGAUCGAUCGAAGCCACAAAUUCGCUGAAGAAUUCUAAAUUUCGUACUUCAAAUUUCCAGAAAUCAACAAACUCAAGGUUCAAUUGCCAUUUAUUUUCUGUGUUUCUUGUACAAUGCCUCGACUUAUGCGUUCUAUAAGGAAGAAAAAGCUAAUAAGGGGGGUUCAAAUAAAAGAUAGGAAAAGAAACAAAAAAUUGUUACGGAUGUUAGUAUUGAGAGGGCUUUAUAAGGAGAGUGAUGUGAAAUGCAAGAGUGAGCUUCGCGUUAAUAGAAGAACUUUCAAUAUUAUUUGUGAGAUGCUUAGAGACAUUGGGGGUUUGAGUGGAACAAAAAACAUGUCGCUUCAAGAGAUAGUAGCCAUGUUUUUAUACACUUUGGCUCAUCAUAAGAAGAAUAGGUCUACUGGACAUUACUUCUAUAGAAGUGGAGAAACCGUGAGCCGACAAUUUCACCUUUGUCUAAGGGCUUUUCUCAAGUUGCAUGAAGUACUACUUUACAAUCCCACACCAAUAUCGGAUGAUUGUGAAGAUGAAAGGUGGAAAUCCUUCAAGCUUCAUAUCUCAAGUAAAACUCAACAAGUGACACAUGAGGAUUGAUAAAGGAGCAAAAAAAGUUGUUUUCGCUUUCGGAUCUUGAUGUUGUACGCAUUAUUCCUCCGAGGAACACAUCUCUGAAAUACGCCGGAAUCCACUUGUUCCUUAUCUUGUACAUAUAACCUAACCACUCAUGUUCUUCCAAGUGGUAUUCAACCAUCACCUUGUUCCACCUUUCUUCAAACUCAGCAGGUUCAAUUUCAAGAUGCCAAACACAAGCACAUAAUUUUUUUAGGAAAUCAGUUUCUUCUUGCAUGAUUGAUUUCUCCACCUUAUCUGGUAACUUUUUCAUUAUGUGUCACAUACAGAAGCGAUGUUCAGUCUUGUUAAACACACUUUUAACAGCAAUUUUCAUUGCUGGAUCUUGAUCUGUAAUCAUACAAUUCGGUUCAUUUCCACCCAUUGCCUUGAGAAAUGAUCUGAACAACCACUUAAAUGACACUAUAUCUUCCUUUGCUAUGAAACCAGCAGCAAAAGUAAUGCAACUCUUAUGAUGGUCAACCCCUGUAAAUGGAGUAAACACCAUGUUGUACUUGUUUACACAUACAGAUUAAAUUUUAAAUGAUCAAAUAACUACACACACACAUAAAUACACAGACACACGUACUUAGACACAGACACACACACGCACACACACAUAUACACAUACAUACACGCACUCACAAUCUGUGAUAGAAUCUGAAUUCAGAUUAUGAAAUCAGAAUUGUCAUCGGCUACUGAAAUAAUUCAAUGCUCAUUUGACAAAUGGGCAAAUAAUUGAUUGUUCAUUUGUCAAAUGAGCUUAUAACU